ACGAUUAUUCAUAGUGCGGCAAUAGCAGAGCAGCGACUCACACUGGUCUUCGCUUCUCAUUCAUCAUUUCUCACCUAACCUUCUCUUCCUCUCAGUCUCAGAUCAGAAACCUCCGCCAGCCAUGGCAGCGUUCCAGAAGAUCAAGGUCGUCAACCCCAUCGUCGAGAUGGACGGAGAUGAAAUGACUAGGGUUAUCUGGAAGUCAAUCAAGGACAAGCUCAUUUUGCCCUUCUUGGAGUUGGACAUCAAGUAUUAUGACUUAGGCCUUCCUUACCGUGAUGAGACCGAUGAUAAAGUUACAAUUGAAAGUGCAGAAGCAACUCUCAAGUACAAUGUAGCAAUCAAGUGUGCAACUAUCACUCCAGAUGAAGCUCGUGUGAAGGAGUUUGGCCUGAAGUCAAUGUGGAAGAGUCCAAAUGGGACUAUUAGGAACAUUUUGAAUGGAACUGUCUUCAGAGAACCAAUUCUUUGCAAAAACAUUCCCCGCCUUGUUCCUGGUUGGACAAAGGCAAUAUGUAUUGGAAGGCAUGCGUUUGGUGAUCAAUAUCGGGCUACUGACACUGUAAUUAAAGGAGCUGGAAAGCUGAAGCUGGUGUUUGUUCCAGAAGGCCAAGGUGAGGAAACUGAAUUCGAGGUUUUUAACUUCACUGGUGAAGGGGGUGUUUCAUUGGCUAUGUACAAUACUGAUGAGUCUAUUCGUUCUUUUGCCGAGGCUUCUAUGGCAACUGCUUUAGAGAAAAAGUGGCCACUUUAUCUUAGCACCAAAAAUACAAUUCUCAAGAAAUAUGAUGGAAGAUUCAAGGACAUAUUUCAAGAAGUUUAUGAGGCAAGCUGGAAAUCAAAAUUUGAGGCUGCUGGUAUAUGGUAUGAGCAUCGGCUUAUUGAUGAUAUGGUGGCGUAUGCACUUAAGAGUGAAGGAGGUUAUGUAUGGGCUUGCAAAAACUAUGAUGGAGAUGUCCAGAGUGAUUUCUUAGCUCAAGGUUUUGGAUCACUAGGUUUGAUGACAUCUGUAUUGGUUUGCCCUGAUGGAAAGACUAUUGAAGCAGAAGCAGCUCACGGCACAGUUACCCGUCAUUUUAGGGUUCAUCAGAAGGGAGGUGAAACCAGCACAAAUAGCAUAGCAUCCAUCUUUGCCUGGACAAGAGGGCUAGCCCACAGGGCAAAACUGGAUGGCAAUGCCAAACUCUUGGAUUUCACUGAAAAACUAGAGGCAGCUUGCAUUGGAGUAGUAGAGGCUGGGAAGAUGACCAAGGAUUUGGCACUUAUUCUUCAUGGAUCCAAGCUUUCAAGGGAGCAUUAUUUGAACACAGAGGAAUUCAUUGAUGCCGUGGCAGCCGAGCUUAGUGCUAAGCUUUCUACAUAGACUUGAUUUAAGACAGGCGGAAAAGAAGACGAUAGCAACAAGGAGCGUGCGUGCGUGCGUAUGCUGCUCUCUAUAUUCAGAAGAAAUAAGAAAGGGAAAAAGAAGCAUUGGUCCUUACCUUAGCCCCUUUUCCUUCAUUUGUUUGUUGGUUGGGAGAGCAAGGGUUGACUGUUUCUUCUCCAUAUUGGUUGUGAACUGAUUUGUCCUUUGUAUUUUCUAACUGAUCCCUUCCAACUUCCAAUUUUUAUAAUUGGAUUUUCUGCUGAAUUUAUUUUUUUUCCAUGUUUUUGACUUAUUAUUUUUCUGCAAAUGCCGUGCUGCAGACAGAAAAGGUGAACAUCCUUCCGAA